AUGAUUUGGCAGCCUGUUAAUCUAACUGCGGUCUGCCCGACGAACUCGUCGAUCACGGCUUGUUCUUCAUUUGGGUUUAUUUAUUUGAACCUAAUAGUUCAGCUAUUUGGAGAUUCUUUUGAAAACAAAAUAAAGAGACACUAUCCGUCUAUUGAACCGGUUCGAGAUAACGAGGAGUACGACUUCAUAGUAGUUGGAGCUGGUUCUGCGGGUUGUGUGGUUGCUAAUAGACUGUCCGAAAACCCUAACUGGAAGGUACUUCUUUUGGAAGCAGGUCCAGAACAACCAGACGUGACUCUUGUCCCUGGUCUGUCCUCUGUGCUAGCAACGUCUAACAUUGCUUGGUCCUACACAGCUGAACCUAACGGGAAGAGCUGUCUCGCAUAUCCAGGAGGAAGAUGUCCUAUAGUAAGCGGUAAAACGAUGGGAGGUUCGAGUUCAAUCAAUACAAUGAUAUACAUGAGAGGAAAUAAAGCAGACUACGACAGCUGGGCGGAGUUAGGCAAUAAAGGCUGGAGUUACGAAGAUGUAUUGCCGUUCUUUAAAAAGUCCGAAAACAACAAAGAUAUCGAACGCUUAGAGGAUAGGUAUCAUGGAGUCACGGGGGAGCAAAACGUAUCUAGAUUUACUUAUGUCGAUGAGCCUUCAGUGAUAAUGACGAAAGCUUUUAUUGAGAAAGGAUUUCCUUUAAGGGAUCCUAACGGACUAUAUCAAGAAAGUAUAGCGCUGACUCAAGUAACUGCGUUCUCAGGAAAAAGAGUUUCUACAAACACAGCCUUCAUACAACCAAUUAGACACAAAAGGAAAAAUUUAACAGUGAAAGUAAAUUCAGAGGCCCUGAAGAUACUCAUUGAUGAAAAUAAAAAGGUAUAUGGCUUAAUUUAUUCGUAUAAUGGGCAAAACUUUACUGCUUUCGCUAAAAAAGAGGUGAUUGUAAGCGCUGGAAGUCUUCAUUCACCAAAAUUGUUAAUGUUGUCAGGAAUUGGACCAAAGGAUCAUUUAGAACAAUUAGGAAUACCUGCGGUUCAAGAUUUAGCUGUUGGAGAAAAUCUACACGACCACGUUACGUUCAGCGGUGUAGCUGUAGCUUUAUCUGAUGAAAUAGCGACAUCAAUCAGCGAAUUCGAAAUGCUUAAUGCUCUUCGAGAAUACGAUGAAAUGGAAAUCAAACGUGGUCCAUUAUCUAGUUUUGGAGUAUCGAAUAUCAUGGCGUUUUACAAAUCUGAUCCCAAUUUAACAGCUCCAGACAUAGCUCAAUUCCGCGAAAUUUACGACUGGAAACAAUCGUUAGAUGAUCCAUUAACGGCUGGUAGAUUACCAAUAUUUCCGAAAUCAUUUUACAACGCUGUAAUACCGAGGACAGCUUAUACUUCACCUAAAAGUAGAGGUUACCUUUUAUUAAAUGUUUCUAAUCCGUACGGUCCCCCCAUAGUUUAUCCAAAUUACUUCGGAGAUGAAAGUGAUCUUAUUCCUAUAGUACAAAGUAUGCGAUAUCUGCUAUCCUUUGAAAAGACAGAAGCGUUUAGGUCUUCUGGGUCCUAUUUUGUGCGAGAACCAAUGCCAGCUUGUAAAGAUUAUGUCUGGGGUACCGACGAUUACCAUAUCUGUUUAGCUAAAUCUUAUACAACAACAACAUCUCAUUACGUAGGUACUUGCAAAAUGGGUCCGAAGUGGGAUAAAAAGGCCGUUGUGGACAACAAUUUACGGGUGUAUGGCGUUUCUGGAUUGAGAGUUAUUGACGCUUCGAUAAUGCCUGUUAUUGUGCGAGGAAAUACGAACGCACCAGCUAUUAUGAUAGGAGAAAGAGGUGCUGAUUUUAUUUUAAAGAGCUGGCAGCAUAAGUAG